AUGCCUGAAUUAACUUCGACUGACGCACAAGAAACUGAACUUAUGCGACAUAUCUUUUAUGGCAAUUUGCAUAAUUUACCUAGUCUUGCUUCAAAAAUUGUACGUAUUUUUACCUCAUCUACAUUUACAGAUACAAGUAUGGAACGUAAUUCACUCAUGCAACAUACAUAUCCAAAACUUAAAGAAUAUUGUCGAGAAAAACAUGGUCUAGAAUUUCAAGUUGUUGAUAUGCGUUGGGGUGUACGUGAUGAAGCCACAGAUGAUCAUAAAACAACAGAAUUAUGUAUGCAAGAAAUUGAUAAUUGUCAGCGAGUUUCUGUUGGACCAAAUUUUGUGGUAUUUCUUGCUCAAAAAUAUGGUUAUCGUCCAUUACCAACAAAAAUUGAAGAAGCUGAAUUUCGUAAUAUUUUAUCUGUAUCAAGUCCAGAUGAUGCUCGAUUACUUAGUCUAUGGUAUAAACUUGAUUCAAAUAAUAUUCCAAGUUUAUUUUGUUUACAACCAGUCAGUUCAAUUUUUACUAAUUUUACUAAUAAAGCUCAUCCUCGUCUUAUGGAAGAAGAUCAAAGUCAAUGGUGGGAAACUAUGGGUAAACUUAAUCGAGCAGUUCGUGUUGCUGCUUUAGAACUUUUAAAUACAGGUGUAUUUUCAGCAUUCGAUAAUCAUCGAUAUAAUUGGUCAGUUACUGAACAAGAAGUUGUUCGAGGAAUAUUAAAUGCUAAAGAUCAAGUCGAUCAUACACUAGCUUUUUUUCGUCAUAUUGAAAAUAUUAAUAUCGGUUUACUACGUCAUUCAAUGAAAUUUAUUGAUAUUGUAUCAAAACAAGUUGAUGAAGAAGCACAACGUAUGUUAUCCGAUUUACGUGAUGUUCGUGUAACAGCGGUAUUACCUGAAUCAAGUAUAAUUCGAUAUACAGUUCAAUGGACCGAUGAAGAUGGUUUAAAUAAAAACUUUCAUGCUGAAUAUUUACAAAAUUUUAUUGAAACAUUUUAUACUCGACUCAUAGAGUUAAUUGAUCGUGGUGUUGGACAACAAAAAGGUUUAGCAUCUAAUCGAGCCUAUACAGAAAUUCUUCAACAACUUCAUGUUGUAAAUAAUUUCAGUCAAGAUUUUCAAGGACGUACUGAUGUUCUAGAACGUGUACAUAAUUAUGUUCAAGGUUCUUCAAAACAGCCAUUAGUUUUAUGGGGUGAAGGUGGUUGUGGUAAAUCAAGCAUGUUAGCAAAAAUAGUAUCAGAAUCUAAUUCAUGGUUUUCAUCAAAACAGUGUACACCAAUAAGACUUGUUCGUUUUCUUGGUACAACACCAGAUAGUUCAUCAAUUGGUCCAUUAUUACGAAGUGUUUGUCAACAAAUAAGUUAUCUAUAUGACGUAUUAGAUAAUGCAAUACCAACUGAACUAUCUCAAUUAAUAAAUCAUUUUAAACGUUUAUUAGAAAAAGCAACAGCAGAUAAGCCAUUAAAUAUUUUUUUCGAUUCAUUAGAUCAAUUAUCAUCAGCUGAUGGUGCACAUUCAAUGUCUUGGUUGCCGCCAAUUCUUCCAAAUCAUGUUAAAUUUAUUGUUUCAACAUUACCUGGAAUAUAUAAUAUAUUAAAUACACUUCGAAAUUUAAUUGAUAGUCAUGAAAAUUUUGUUCAAAUAAAACCAUUAGGUGAAGAAUUAGGUAAAACAGUAUUAAAAGCUUGGUUAGUUCGUCAUCAUCGAUCAAUAUCUGAACCACAAUGGUUCGUAUUUCAAUUUAACUUUCAUGAACGUCUUGCUGAAUGUAAUACUCCAUUAUAUGUUAAAUUAGUAUUUGAUGAAAUGAAACUAUGGAAAUCAUAUACAAAAAUACAAGAAAAAGAUUUAGCUACAACAGUAUCAACAUCAAUAAAUAAAUUAUUAGGACGAAUUGAAAAUCAACAUGGACAUAUAUUAGUUGCACAUGCAUUUUCAUAUAUAACAGCAUCAAAAUCAGGAAUAAGUGAAGCUGAAUUAGAAGAUUUAAUAUCACUUGAUGAAACUGUUUUAAAUGAUAUUUAUCAGUAUCACUUACCACCUAUUCGACGUAUACCACCAUUAUUAUGGACACGUAUAAGAAAUGAUGUACCGAAUUAUUUAGUUGAACGAGAAGCGGAUGGUGUUAGCGUUGUUAGUUGGUAUCAUCGACAAUUUGCUGAAGGUAAAAUUCAUAUUUUUCAGAAGUUUAUUUCAAAUAUUCUAACAUAUGUAUUGAUAUGUUGA